AUCGAAAGUGUAUGUGUAUAUAUGUAUAUAUACAUAUGUGUGGUACGUGCGUGUCUGUGUGUGUGUCUUGCGUACGUAUGAAUGAAAGAAAGAGAGAGAUUCUCAUCGUAGGCUUGGAGAAGGAAGGCAUCGCUGUUUUGCCGACCGGCUCCCUCGCAGAGCGUGUUUCGCGCACGAGCAUCAACGUCGUCGAAGCACAAAAGCGACUACAUACGUCGUCCCCUCAAGGCUCAGUCCAAUAUCGUCGUUCGUGGAGCACACACAUUCUCUAAUACGUCAAGGUACACCUCCUCGUUAGUGAUUACCAUUUACGAUCUGUGAUUUUCAUUUUGGAGAGAACGUGAGAAAGAGAAACGGAAGGAAGGAAAGAGAGAGAGAGAGAGAGAGAGAGAGAGAGAGAGAGAGAGAGAGAGAGGAGAGAGAGAGGAGAGAGGAAGAGAGAGAGAGAGAGAGAGAGAGGGAUAACUCUCUUUUUUAAGCAGGGGGUUGAUUUGAUCCUAAAUAUCGUAUAGUAAAGGGUUGGGUUGUGUAAAACAGUAUACAUGGGUUCUACGUUCGUUCGAUAUACGGCACGUUUACAAAUCGACGAUUGUUCCCAUCGUAAUUUAAAAAGUAUCAAGUUUAAGUAAUUAACGAAAGUUUAUAAUAAACUAUAAUACAUUUUAUAGUAAAUAUAAGAACGAUAUCAAUAUAUGUAUAUGUAUAUGUAUAUGUAUAUGUAUAUGUAUAUAUAUAUAUCCUGUGUAUUAUUAAUGAAUGAAUUAUGAAAGAGAGGACCUGAGUUGACGUGUGUGAGAUAAACAUAUAUAUAUAUACAUACAUACAUAUAUAUAUGUAUAUAUAUAUAUAUAUAAUAAAGAAAGAUUUAUAAAGGGAGAAAGAUAAAAAAAGAAGAGUAAAAGUAAGAGAAAGAAAAAGAUUGAUAUACCUUGAAGAUCUCCAAAGAGAAAGAAAGAAGAAAGAAAAAGAGAGAGAGAGAGAGAGAGGAAGAGAGAACGGAGGGAGAGAGAAAGAGAGAGGUAGUUUCUUUUUCAAGGCGGCGUCGCGUCGUUCGCUUUUGUAUCUCGACACGCGGUCUCGCGCGAUUAAUCGAUCGCGUCACUUUCCUUUGCAAGAAAAAAUUAAACAGUUUCUACUAUUCCUUAUCACGACAGUGUCCGAUGACAAAAGUGUUUUAAUAAAUAUCGAAAGGUGUGAUACGCGCGAAUUCCGAAAGGAAAAAACGUGACGAAGUUCUUUGAGAGUGUCAUCGGCCAUCCUUCUCAUCCUUUUCCUUCUCCUCCUCCUCCUCCUCCUCCUCUCCUUCUUCCUCUUCUUCCUUCUCCUUCUCUUUCUCCUUCUCCUUCCUCCUUCUAUAAUUCCUCCUUCACAAACGACCACAGCUUCCUCUUCCUCGACACUACUUAUCCUCCGUAUCGCGUUCACGACACUUACAAGCUUUCAACAAGUCGAUGAUAGAAAGAGAAAAUCGUUCUAACUUCGAAUCUAACGGAUUAUAUACAAAUCUUCUUUUACUUGCUAACAGAGAUAUGAUGCUUCCUAUCCGACCGCUCAAUUCUAAUUUCUACAAUAAAAAUUAGUAAUACAGAUUAAUGUCUAUUCGGAUAUCGAAUAAUAAUAUAUGAAUGAAAAUAAAUCGAUUUCAAGAAGAUUCUAAAGACAUUGUAAAAACGAAAGUUUGUUAAUCACGAUUGUUAUUUGUUAUUUACGCAUUGUUGUUAUUCUUCACGCGAGAUCCGGUCUUCAUAAAUAUAUAAAAAAAAAAUAUAUAUAUAUAUAUACAUACUAUAUACAUAUAUAUAUAUAUAUAUAUAAUAUAUAUACUUAUUUGAAACGCCCGGUGCUUCAAGUUUUAUCGAAAAUCCGAUCAAAGUUCCUUACCACCACGAAAGAAUAAGAUAAAACGAUAAACGGAGAAAGAGAAAAAGAGAGAGACAGAGAGAGAAAGAAAGAGAGAGAGAGAGAGAGACAAACAGGAGAAAAUAAAAAGAGAUAAAAAACGACUAAAAUAAAGAGAAGAUUAGAAGAAUGGUCGUGAAAUCUGAAAGCACGAGGAACGGUCACGAGCUGGCUCCUCUAAACGAUGAUCGUCAACCUCCUCACAACGUGACCAUUGUGGUUUCCGGAAAUCAAAAUGCCUCGGCUGUCAAUCCGGAACCAAGAACGGAAGAUAACAGAGCAGCAUGGAGCGGAAAGAUGCAGUUUUUCCUGAGCAUCAUUGGUUACAGUGUCGGUCUUGGUAAUAUAUGGAGGUUUCCAUAUUUAUGCCAACAAAAUGGGGGCGGUGCCUUUCUCAUACCAUUUUUCGUGAUGCUCAUCCUCGAAGGCGUGCCCUUAUUUCUGAUCGAGUUGGGUCUUGGACAACGAAUGCGACAAGGUGCCCUUGGCGUUUGGAACACGAUACAUCCCUGGUUAGGCGGUAUAGGAAUAGCCUCCUGCAUCGUCACAUUCUUCGUUGCACUUUAUUACAACGUCAUUAUCACCUGGUGCUUCUUCUACCUCUUCAACUCUCUCGAGGCGCCACUGCCGUGGGCGAAGUGCCCGGAGGUCGACGAGAUACCGGUAGAAGAAUGUGUCAAGAGCUCUGAGACCGCUUACUUUUGGUACAGAACCACUCUGGAUGCGGCACCGUCGAUCGAGGAUGGCCAAUCUCUCAAGUGGUGGAUCGUUCUGUGCCUUCUACUCAGUUGGAUCGUUGUCUUCUUUAUCGUCAUGAAGGGGAUACAAUCAUCGGGCAAGGUAGUUUAUUUUACCUCGAUGUUCCCCUACCUCGUACUCACGAUCUUCUUCGUUCGUGGAAUAACUUUGAAAGGUGCUAGUGCUGGGUUAGCACACAUGUAUACGCCAAAGGUCGAGAAAUUAUUGGAGCCUACCGUCUGGCUUGACGCAGCUACUCAAGUCUUCUAUAGCUUUGGAUUAGCUUUUGGUUCCUUGAUCGCAUUUGGAAGCUACAAUACACCCGACAACAAUUGCGUCAGGGACGUGAUUCUGGUGAGCGUGUGCAACGCGUUUACCGCCAUUUACGCGAGCGUUGUCAUUUUCGCCAUUUUGGGGUUCAAGGCGAUGUCGAAUGUGGACAAGUGCCUGGAAAGCAAUAAGAUCUCGCUGAUCAAGAAUGGUUUGCUAUUUGAAAACUCGACGACGGACGAUUACGAAAACGUUGUCAAUACGUUCAACAGUUUGACUACGAAUUUGACCUUGGAUAGAUGUAGUAUGAGCGAACAACUGAAUAACGCUGCCGAAGGUACUGGAUUGGCUUUUAUAAUCUUCACUCAAGCGAUCGUCGAGCUUCCAGGUGCGCCAUUUUGGUCCUGUAUAUUCUUCCUAAUGCUUUUGGCCCUUGGACUUGGCUCACAAAUUGGUAUUAUGGAAGGAAUGUUGUGCGUCAUCUUUGACAUUGAUCUUUUCAAGAGAAUAAAGAAACAGUAUAUAACGGGCGUAGUAUGUAUCGUUUGUUUCUUCGUCGGCCUCAUAUUCUGUACCGGUGCAGGAGAAUACUGGUUGAAAAUGUUCGACAGCUUUGCUGGUACCAUUGGCCUCGUUAUGGUCGCACUUAUGGAAAUGAUAUCGGUCAUCUUUGUCUACGGCCACGAAAAAUUCACGAAAGACAUCGAAGAAAUGACAGGCUACAGGCCAGGUAUUUACUGGCAAGUUACAUGGAGAUUUCUCGCGCCUAUAAUUAUGGUCGGCAUACUGAUCUCUAGUAUCGCUUCUAUGUUCAUCAAGAAACCAGAAUAUUCAGCAUGGAACGCAACGUUGGGUAUAGCAGUAUCUACGGCUUAUCCAGGCUGGGUCUUAGCGAUCGCAGCUUGUAUAAUCGUAGCCGGUAUUGCACCGAUACCAAUCGUUUUUCUACUUAGAGUAUUCCAAUGCGUGAAACUCGAUGUGGACAUUCAUCAGGGUAGCAUUCGUCGGAUCGACACGACCGUAUCGACGAAGGAAAUGAUGGGUGACGUUGAUUUGGACGAAUAUCACGAUCGUUUAGAAGAUUUUCCCGAAGAGGACGAGGACGUUAACAGCGACGACGACAACAAUAGUGCACCGCCUAUAACAAAGAUGGUUCCCAAUAAGCUGCAGGGUAGAGCUUUCAAAAUGGAAGCAAUGGAAUUUUGAACGCGUCACGUUUAGGGAGCGUUCCUUACGUUUUAUUACAAACAAACGAAAAAAAAAUAAAAAAGAGAAAGAAGGAAAGAAGGAAAGAAAGAAAGAAAGAAAGAAAGAAGGAAAGAAGGAAAGGUGGAAGGAAGGAAGGAAGGAAGGAAGAAAGGAAAAAAGAAAGAAAGGAAAGUAGGAAAGGGAGAAAGAAAGAAGGAAAAAAAGAAAGAAAGAAAGAAAGAAAUGAAGAAAUGAAGAAAGAAAGAAAGAAAGAAAGAAAGAAAAAAGAAAGAACGAAGGAAAGUAAGAAACGUGAAAACACGAACUAAAUAUGUACAUAAUAAAUAAUGCGAUGUAACUAAAAAACAGCAAACGGGUCUUGUGCUUCCUUUCGGAAUGAAAGAAGGAGAUUUAGAUCUUCGAUCUUCGUGGACGAAGAUUAGAAAGAGACCGUUUGAAUAAUGCCUGCUCGCAUCGAUCGAGAGACCGCAUGAUGUCGAGAGAUCGCAUGAUAUCGAAUAUGCUCGUAUAGGAACGAGCGACAAGUUUCUUACAUUAGAAAAAAGGUGACACAAUUUCGGAUACGAAAAUGUGUUCUCUCACUCUCAUUCAUGAGAAAAAUGACUACGCGAGUUGUUCCGUCAAGUCAAUUUUUCUUUUCCCUUUUUUUUUGUGUGCGCGUGUGUGUGUUUUUCUUUUUUUGUUUUAUUUAUUCUCCUUUUUUUCUAUUUUUUUAGAGAGAACAUUACGCAAAUAAAUAAUAAUAUAGGAAUUCAAAGAGCAAUAGUUUAGAUCGUGAGAGAGAGAGAGAGAGAGAGAGAGAGAGAGAGAGAGAGAGAGAGAGAGAGAGAGAGAGAGAGAUAAGGAAAGGAAAUUUAGAUAAGAGCGAAAUAUCGUCUAUGUAAUGGAACAUUCGUUCCAAUUUCUUCAAUGAUUUAUUACCAUUAAUGAUUUAUUUCCAAUUAAUGAAUCAUAUAAUUGGAUAUCUUGAAUUUCAAAUUUCUGUCUCUAAUUUAUGUCUUCUUCUUUUUAUUUGAAAAAUUUUAAUUACUUUUCGAUCGACGUGAGAAAGAACAAAUCAACAAAAAAAAAAGGAAAAGAAAAAAGAAAAAGAAAAAGAUCGAUAGCUACGUGGCGUCGAUCAAUCGACAAUAUCGUACAUAUUUCGAUCUCUCAAGUGGAUCACGUAGAACGAAAUGUAAAGACGGGGAAGUAGAUGCUGUUAAAAAAAAAAUAAAAAAAAAAGAAAUUUACAGAAAUUGCAAAAAAUACAAACGAACGAAUAAAUAGCAUGCAAAGUUGUCCGACUAAUUAAUUAACAAAACUAAUCAAUUCAGCGAAUUAGAAUAACGAAAAGGGAGAUUUGAUUCGAUCGAAAAUCGUAAAAAACAAAAAGGCAAGAGGAAAAUGUCCCCGAGUUUUCGAAGACAAAACUUGAUAACGAAAAGGAAACUGAAAUAGAAACCGAAGACGAAAAAAAAGAAGACAAAAAAAAAAGAAAAAAAGAAAAAGAAAGUUUUUAGAUCAGCUGCCGGCCUUUUGAUCUUAAACUUAAAAUCCUCGCUCUCUAAUUAUUGUUACAAUUAAUUUCAUGGCGUUUUAUGAAAGAGACGAUUUCGACGGAACGAAACUGCCAUUUAACGAAAGUGGCACGAAACGUAUUUUAAGUAUAUUUGGCAAUAGAUAUUAGAUACGAAAAUCUAAGUAAAUAUAUAUAUAUGUAUAUACAUAUACAUACAUAUAUAUAUAUAUUAAUGUAUGUAUAUAUAUACAUAUGUAUAAAGUAUACUUUUUAAUAUUAGACAACGCAAGCAAAAAGUCUACGUACGUAUUAUUUUGAUUUUCGAUUUUUUUCUAAAGGAUACUAAAAAGGCGUAAAUACGUAUUUACGUACUACGCGAUAGAGUAAUUUUUAAUAAUAAAAAAGAAAAAGACGAGACAAAAAAAGAACAAAAAACGAGAGAAAAAGGAACGAAUUAAUAAGUCAAAAUAUACUUCGUUUGUAUAACACGUUUGUUUUUUAUCUAUACUUUUUAAGCGAUAGAUAAAUAAAUACAUAAUUCUUAUAUAAGUACGCUUCGAUAGACUUCGAAACUUUUGUCAAAAGUAUAUUUUAUUGUCUGACAUUUGUUUGCUAUAUGAUAUAUGAAAAGAAAAAAAAAAAAAACAAAUAAAAAGAAAUAAGAAGAAAGAAAAAAAAAGAAACACAAAUGUUAUUUGGCUGGUCCAGCUGUUUGAAAUCGUGAGAAUUUGUAUAAUCCGUACUAGGAUGAUCAAGAUCAUUUUCACACUAUCAAGAAAAAUUUUCGAAUGAUAUCGAUUGUAUGAAAUUUAUUGAAAUUUAUAGAUUGAAAAUAUUUCAAAUAAAUCAUCCUAAUCGACCUGAAGCACUGUACCUAUAUGUAUAUAUGUACACGUUAUAUUAAAGCACAGAGACGGAUCGAACGAGACGACGAAUUUCUAAAGAAAAUUCUAACGAAGGAAAAAACUUAGAAAAAGAAGAAGAAGGCGAAGAGGGAUUAGAAAAAGGAGCAAUAGCGAUGGGAAAGGGGACAAGUCGAGAAGAAAAAGGGAGGGACAAAAGAUAAUAAAUCGAUCGAAAAUAUCCCAAUGAAAAACUGCAUCGUUCCUAAACUUACUUCCAAUUAGUUCGGCUACGCUCUAGCUCCAGUAAAAUGCGUUUGGAUCGUACAACGAGGCGUUAAGAUUAGAAAAUAAAAAAGAAAAAAAAAGAAUUAAAAGAAUAAAUAAAAAAAAAUAAAAAAUAAAAACCAGUCGUCGAUCGCGUUACUCUAUCCGUAUUAAACUAUACCUAAUAUUACCAAAGAUUGAAAUUUUAGACGAUUAGUUUUAGCGAGGCUUGCCUCCGAAUUAAGGUCUUCGACUAAAAUUCAUUCUUCUCGUUUAUUAUAACUAACCACGUAUAUAUUUAUUUUUUUUCUAAUCUUUCUAACUGGUUUGGUUUCUUCUUUUCUCCUUUUCCUUUUUUUUUGCACGAACGAAUCAGUCGAACGAACCGAAUCGAAUAUAAAAUAAUUAUUGGCCUCUUCUUAAAUACAUAAUUACAAACAAAAAUGCCGGUUUACAUUCAAUUCUUAUCUCGAGUUAUCAAUAGGAAGAAAGGGAGAAAAAGAGCGUAUUAACGUUAUGUAUAUGUAUGUUCGCAAAUAGAUAAGAUCGUCGGCUUCAUAGAAAGGAGAAGAAUGGUUAAAUAAAUUAAAAAAUCAAUAUUAUUGCGGAUUAAACAGGGAAAUAUAAUUUUUCGUGUUAUUUAGCUCGUGGAAAUAUAUUUUUUGGAUUUGAAAUCGUUAAGAAAAAAAAAAGAAAAAAAAAAAAAGAAAAAAAGAAAAA